CGGCUGCUGAGCUGAGCUGAGCGUUUGCGGGCUGCUGGGCUGGCUGUUAUGCUCAGAUUCCAAAUGAAAAUGUUUGAGAGUGUUGAUUCUACAACCACAAGAUCUGGGGGGGAUCUCUGGGCUGAAAUAUGUUCCUGUCUGCCAAAUCCUGACCAGGAAGAUGCUGCCAGCAAUGCCUUCUCGGACUCGUUUGUGGAUUCUUACCCUGGUGGUGAAGGCCAAAGGGAAGCAGCAGACUUUGCUGUCCAGCCGGCUAUAAAGCCCUGGGCUCCCUUGCAGGAUUCAGAAGUGUAUUUAGCAUCUCUAGAGAAGAAACUGAGAAGGAUCAGGGGUUUAAAUCAGGAAGUGACUUCCAAGGACAUGCUUCGGACCCUGGCCCAAGCCAAGAAGGAAUGCUGGGAUCGAUUCCUUCAGGAGAAGUUAGCUUCAGAGUUCUUUGUGGAUGGACUCGAUUCUGAUGAGAGCACCUUGGAACAUUUCAAGAGGUGGCUCCAGCCAGAUAAAGUAGCCAUCAGCACAGAGGAGGUCCAGUAUCUGAUUCCUCCAGAGUCACAGGUUGAGAAGCAAGACACCAGGAACAAGCCAGGGGCCGGGGAUGAGCCAGCAGCAGCAGAACAAUAAAUAUGCAUAUUUUGAGUAGCUGUCUCAGGUCCAGAGGGAACAGCUGAGAGCUCCUCAGAGCAGCAAGGAGAAAUCUAGGGAGGGGAAAAGCCCAAACUUCCACUCCACAAAGAAAACAGCUGGAAGCCCCUGAGGACUGACUUGGGGCUGGGUUAUGUCACUGCCUUGGAUGAAGUGACUGAUCCAG